AUGAGUUCAAGAUCGGGAGCAGUUAAACGUUUGCUUGCAGAGUUGAAGGAUUUGCAGCAAAAUCCUUCACCUGAUUUAACAGCAGCACCUCUAGAAGACAAUAUGCUUGAAUGGCACUUUACAAUAAGGGGGCCCUCUGACGGUGGUUUUGCUGGUGGGAGAUAUCAUGGUCGAAUAAUAUUUCCAGCUGAUUAUCCAUUCAAGCCUCCAAAUAUAUCCUUCUUGACACCUAAUGGGCGAUUCGAAGUCGGCAAGAAGAUAUGUCUGUCAAUCACUGGACAUCAUCCUGAGUUCUGGAGACCUGCUUGGGGAUGUCGCUCAGCCCUCGUCGCAUUGAUAGGCUUCUUACCGACUCCUGGAGAAGGCGCUAUCGGUGCACUUGACUAUACAGAGCCCGAACGAGCAGAAUUUGCCAAAAGAUCACGAGAUUGGACGUGUCCCUCAUGCGGUAGUUGUAAUCGAGAUGUAUUGCCAGAUGAAGCGGAUAAGCCUGUAGAGAAACUUGUUGCUGAAGAAGGGUUGACGUUUACGAUGAAAGCAGAUGGAGAUGCUGCUCCUGCUUCGUCUACGAAUGAUCACCUAGGAAGUGAAAGUCCAUUAACAGAUCCAACACCAUCUAUACCAACGGAAUCUACACCUGUAGUAGCAGCAGCAGCAUUACACGCAAGACCACAAUCAAGUUUAUCUUCAGCAGCGUCAACAGCAGUUCAACCGAAUAUAACACAACCUCAACUACGUGUUCCUGCAGCUCAACCCGUAGUACCACAACAACAGCCAAUACCAGCAGGAGCUCGAGCCCCAGAAAUGAUUGUUAUACCACUUGAUCAAACCACAAUCAGGAAGCGGCAGAUAGAUACGUGUUUGAUGUUUGUAUGCUUCCUUAUAGCUUGUCUGUUGUUGCGUAGACUGAACUCGUUCCCUCUUGAGCCAAUGUAA